AUGCACUCGAGGGAGAUGUCGUCCGUCCGCACGCCCACCUUUGAGGACAUUGCACUCGAGAACCGCAGGCGUUUGGGGCUAAUGGGCAUUCUUCCAAAUAACAGGGUUGCACUGCAUUCGUUGAUGCAGAUGAUGUCCUGCAUGGGGGAGUUGUCUAACCUUGCACUUAACAGUGAGGCCUCCUUAUCACCCUUUGAACAAGGUGAGGUCCGCACGGUGAUUGGAAAGAUGGCCGUCUGUUUGGCCACCUUUAGUGAGGCAUUUGAGAUCAAUGUGGGCCAAGCUGCUAUGGAUACACUUAGAGACUACUCCCAGAAGGCGGACACCAGCACAAUAGGACGAUCCAGAGGGGAUCAGAAAAAAACUACCUUGUCUACGCGGGUUGCGGGAGAGGGACUGGAUGAGGAACCAGGCAGUCGCACUCAUGAGGAGCCCAAUGUACUUCUGUCUCCAACGUCUAAUCGGGACUUCUUUAGGUUUCUUGACGAACUUGUCACCUACAGUCGGAGUGAUUUUGAAAAGGCUGAGCUCAAGUGGGUUGCCCCUUUGCCUGACGGAACGAUUCAAGACCUCAUUGAAAAUGGCUCAAGCAUCAACGUGCAGUACAAGGACCUUCCCCUGUAUUUGGAGUGCGUUCAACGCUACCGCAAUGCCCGCACAAACGAGGCACAAGGAAGUAAAACAGACGCAGAGCCUUCAUCCUCCGCAACAUUUCAGCGAGCCCGAACUAUAGUUUCUGUUGCGCCGGGCAAACCACACUACAAAAAGGAAUCGUUGAUUGUCUCGCCGCACACCACCAUGGAUGGAGGACCGAUGAGUCCCAGUAGUCUUAUUUUUCCGACGGCACCUGAUACAUCGAUACCCAGGGCAAGCGUGGGCGACUCAAACUCUGCCGAAUUGGCCACCUCAGAGGCGGACUUCCGUGCCAAGGUAGAUAGGUUAAAACAAGGCCAAGUGACAGGGUCACAGAUUGCACAGCUUAACUUGACGUUUAGUGUGCCACAGACUAAUGGUCUUUUGGAGCUCAUUCCCAACGGUAUUCAUGUCAAGGUAACAUCCGCAAACGUGGGCGAGUUUCUUCGUCUACUUGGGGAUAAGUCAGGCAUACAAAACGGAAAAAUUCGUCGUAUGGAAAGCAUUAAAAAGCUUGAAGUUUCCAGUGCGGGCUCGCAAGACAUUUCGAGGGAUAAGGAAAAAUUUUCCCCGACACAUUUCUCAAAGGGGAUUUUUGCGCCAUACGACGAGCGCACGAGUUUUUUUGUUGACGUGGAUGCAUCGGAUGAACUCUUGCCUGCAUUUAUAAAGGAUCGGGAAAGUCAGCGGCGAGGGGCUGAAACACCCUAUGUGCGUGUUAUUCGUAAAGGCGAUCUGCGGACGUGGAGGAUGAUGAUUGACGAAGUGCAGAAGCAUCCUUCAGCGAUAAAAGAAUACGGUGUUACCUUUUGUGUCCCUGCUACCAUUGCCAGCCACGCGACUGAGGAAGAACAGGCGACAAAGGUGCAUGAAUUGAUAAAGGAUGGUGCCUCCACUCUUGUGGAUGAGUCCCAAGUUUGGCUGUUCUCCAGACUGAUCGAACAAUUUUUACACCCAAAUGCGUGA